AUGAAAAAGCUGUGUUUCAGAGUCAUUACCAUAGUUGUACGUCUUUGUUUUACUGAAACAAUGACAAACCCAUCAAGAAGCAGUAUGUUAUUCAAUUCUGAGUGCCAAUGGAAUGGACAUCACCUCACAAACUGUUCUUUUACUGGAAACCGUGAGAUACCUGUGGACAUAUCACAGACAGCAGCUACAGUGGAUGUAAAUUCCAGUUUCUUUAGGGUUCGCUUCCAAUCUCACACAAAAAAAGAAGAAUGGAAUAUAAAACAUCUGGACCUCAGUAACAACCUCAUAUCAAGAAUAACUUUAAGCACUCUUGCCCAUUUACAUGCUUUGGAAAUAUUAAACCUCAGCAACAAUACCAUCUACUCCGUCUCAGUGGAUCUACCCAACCUUAAGUCCUCAUGGGUGAAGCACCACAGAAGCAGCUUGAGAAAUGGGCUUCCAUUUCUAAAGUUGCUAAUUCUUCAAAGAAAUAAACUCAGCGACAUUCCCAAGGGACUGUGGAAGCUGAAGUCAUUACAGACUUUGGAUCUGUCUUUCAAUGGGAUAUCGCAAAUUGGUUUGUCUGAUUUUCAUAACUGCCUGCAACUGGAGAACCUCUAUUUACAGAGCAACAGGAUACUCAGAAUUCAUCCAGAAGCUUUCAAGGACCUCAAAAAAUUACAGGUUGUGGACCUCAGCAACAAUGCUCUGACCACCAUCCUGCCAAUGAUGAUCAUUGCUCUAGAAUUUCCCCAUCUGGAGGUUGACUUGGCUGAUAACCAGUGGCAGUGUGACUAUAAUGUGGCAGCCUUCCAAAAUUUCAUUUCUGAAUCCUGGAGGAGAAAGUGGAAUGUAAUUUGCAACAAGUCUACGGGGAAUGAGGAGGUAUAUUGGUGGACUCCCAAAAGCAGAAUUUCCAGGGAGACUCACCUUCCUCACACUAAAUCGAAUCACAGGAAAAGCCUCAUAAUGGGCAAAGCUGAGAGGCCCCAGGAAGAGCUGUACGUGCACUUUUCCACACCGGGGAAGAAGGACAAUGCCAGCUCUGAUACCAGUGCAAAGCACAGACGGCUGCCAAGGUGGGUUAGAAGUGACGACGAUGCUGUGCGAACUUCUGGCAGAGACGAAGACAAUUCCCAGGACCUCGCCCUGGCUGUCUGUCUGUCGGUGUUCAUCACAUUCUUGGUGGCUUUCUGCCUGGGGGCUUUUGCAAGGCCUUAUGUUGACAGACUGUGGCAACAGAGGUGCCAGAAGAAAAGCCAUGGUUUGGAUAAUGCAUAUUCAAACGAGGGAUUCCACAAUGAAACGGAAGCUGCAGGGAAUAUGCACCACCCAAGGGUAGGUCUGCACCAAGCUUUCGGUGAUCUCAACCUCUAUGAGAACCAAGACUCUUUCUCGGUGACAGCGGCCAGCCCACCUGCUGCUGUCAUUCCUGAUAGAACUCUGGGACCGAGCAGAAAGGAGCCUGGCAGUUGGCAGAGCUGGGAACAAGGCGAGGACAACAAUGCGGCAGGAAGUAGAGAGGAUAACGCAUUUCCAAAUGACAUUGCAGCCGGGUCCGUUCUCCUCGGACAGCCAAAUGCUGAUCAUAACGCACUAAUUUCAGCAGCACGGGACCACAUCUACAGGAAUGAUAUUCUUGGAGAAAUAAAUUUUGAAACUGUGGCCCGGGCAGAUUCUCUCAGCGAGCAGUCAGCGGGCGUCCCUGCAGUAGCUGGCAGAUCGCAAACGGUCUCUGGCUCAAUCCAUAAUGAUUUGAAUGAAUUAGACCCACAACUCUCGAGAGAAGCAACUCUCUCUCAAAUGCUAAUACAUACAGAAGCACAGAGGGCUGGAGAGAAUGAGGAAAGACGGGGCACUGAGCAGUUACCGUCGGAGUUCUCUAAGGAAAUGCCAGUGAGCACUUACAUUAAUUUGCUGAGCGCACAGCAGCAAGGGCUCAAGGGGGCCAGUGCUGAGGAAGAACUUUCCACCUACUACAGUGCGGUCACACUCAGUGACCCAGGAGAUACGGAUUCAUCCCCACCAGUCUUCCCUCCAGGAUGGGGCAGAGACCUGCAUGUCACUCCUGCUAACAAGGAACCAAUGCAGGAACACCCUCCUUCUGACACUCAGUAUGAGUUGGACACCAACUAUGAUUCUGAUGAGGGGUCUUUAUUUACUCUAAGUUCAAUAAGUUCAGAGGAUGCAAGAAAUGUGACUGAAGAAGAGGCACAUGACGAGGAGAGUCAUAGAGCCAGUGAGUUCCCAGAGGACCAGGACUCAGGAAUGAGGAAGGACAAUGUUAUGUCAUUAGAGAGUCUUGACGACGGCAUCACCUUCCAGAAGAUUGUGGGGAAAUGUGAGAAUCAGGAAGAUCAUUUUGAAAAACCUCUAACUUCUGGUCCAGACUCUGGUUUGUGUGAGGCUCAUCUGGAAAAUGCCUCUUACACCAAUAAAUUUGAGGAUCCAUUGACCUUGCCCAGAUCACUGGGCAAUAGUCCUUUCAUUGAUGAGAUCCCAGACACGUUCAUUUAUGAUUAUGUCACAGCUCCUCAAUCCGAGGCAGUAGAGUGGCUUUACUCACUUAAAGACCUAGAAUUUUCAUAUGUGGAUAUUUUACCACAAACACCACCUUGUUCUGCCGAAGUUCCCUCAGAUCCUGGUAAGAGUGCCUGUCAUGAAAGAGACUCAGACAUUUGUAAAGAAGAACCUUUCACUCAGGGAACAGACACAGCUCAAAACGAUAUUCCUUUCAAGAUCACUACAGGGGAAAACUUAAGACCCUCACAAGAUUUUGAAGAAGGCGACAUGAAUUCCAACCUGAUGGAAACUGAUGCAAGUAAGGGGUCUGUAUGUCAUCUUGAGGACGAUGGUUCCAGAAAGGUUAUAAACCAAACACAGUUGUUACAAUCCUGUGGUGAUGAGUCUGCUCUUCAGUGUGAAAGAAGAGGGGGCGAAUAUUUUGAAGACAGUUCCAAGAGCCGGGUACCAUCAUUACAAGAGCUUCCAAAUAAAACCAGUUCACUAAGAACACAAGAGCCCUUCAAUGAUAGAGAUUGGGAUAAAUAUUCAUAGGAUAAUCUGUUGCAGUUAGAAAAUGAUUCUAACUUUUAUACUCAAAUGCAGACCCAGAGCAACCUGAUGGGAGUUGACUGUCUAUGUGAGGAUCAACUCUACUAUGACAAAGACAAGGACAUUCAACUUGAAAA